AUGCCCCAACCGGCCAAUUCCCUCGAGGAAUCGACUUUGCCCACAAGCCCCUUGUCAGGUGGUGCUGUGGCCUACCAGGACCAGCUGCCCCCCAUGAACUCCGCCAAUGGUGCUGUGAUCCGGCCUGCCUCCAUCCCCGUCCGGGGUGGGAGCGGCCGGUUAUCGGCACUGGAGCUCGAGGAUGGCACCGUCUACCAGGGCUACCACUUUGGUGCUGAAAAAAGUGUGGCAGGUGAACUGGUCUUCCAGACUGGCAUGGUCGGCUACCCCGAGUCCAUCACCGACCCCUCCUACCGCGGCCAGAUCCUGGUCAUUACCUUCCCACUCAUUGGCAACUACGGUGUCCCCGCGCGGGACGAGAUGGACGAGCUUCUCAAAACGCUGCCCAAACACUUUGAGUCGAGUCAAAUCCACGUGUCGGCGCUGGUGGUGGCAACCUACGCCGGCGAGGAUUUCUCGCACUUCUUGGCGCAGUCCUCACUGGGCCAGUGGCUCCAGGAGCAGGGUGUCCCUGCUAUUCACGGCAUUGACACCCGCGCGCUGACAAAGCGUAUCCGUCAAAAAGGUAGCAUGCUGGGCCGUAUGCUUCUGCAAAAGUCCGGGGCCGGUGACGUGCCCGAAGGCCUCAAUACGGCAACCUGGAAAUCGCACUUUGAGCAAGUCGACUGGGUGGACCCCAACACAAAGAACCUUGUUAACGAGGUCUCCACCCGCGAACCCCAUCUCUAUUCGCCGCCGGACAACGUUGCGCUGAAACACCCCUCGGGCCGCCCCGUUCGGGUUCUUUGCUUGGAUGUUGGUUUGAAAUGCAACCAGCUGCGCUGCUUGCUUGCCCGUGGCGUGGAGGUCCUGGUUGUCCCUUGGGACUACGAUUUUCCCAACCUCGCUGGGAAGGACUAUGACGGGUUGUUCGUCUCGAACGGCCCCGGUGACCCUGCGACGCUGUCGACCACCAUUAACAACUUGUCAAAGACCCUGAAGGAGGCCCGCACGCCCGUUUUCGGUAUCUGUUUGGGUCACCAGCUGAUUGCCCGCUCCGUCGGUGCCCAGACCACCAAGAUGAAGUUUGGUAACCGUGGCCACAACAUCCCCUGCACAAGCAUGGUCUCCGGCAAAUGCCACAUCACUUCCCAGAACCACGGUUAUGCGGUGGAUGCCACCAGCCUUUCGGACGGCUGGGAGGAGCUGUUCGUCAACGCCAACGAUGGGAGCAACGAGGGUAUCCGUCACACCAGCCGCCCCUUCUUCAGUGUUCAGUUCCACCCCGAGAGCACCCCGGGACCCCGGGACACCGAAUAUCUGUUCGACGUUUUCAUCAACACCAUCCAGAGCACCAUUGCCUCCCCCGAGGCGCUGAACAAGCCCGUCGCCUUCCCGGGUGGCGCCAAGGCUGAUAACAUCAAGGCUGCCCCGAGAGUGUCGGUCAAGAAGGUCCUGGUUCUGGGUAGUGGCGGUCUGAGCAUUGGCCAGGCCGGUGAGUUCGAUUACUCGGGCAGUCAGGCCAUCAAGGCCUUGAAGGAAGAGGGCAUAUACACGGUUCUCAUCAACCCCAACAUCGCCACCAUUCAGACCUCCAAGGGCUUGGCAGACAAGGUCUAUUUCCUUCCUGUUAACGCCGACUUUGUCCGCAAGGUUAUCAAGCACGAGCGCCCCGAUGCUAUCUACUGUACCUUUGGUGGUCAGACGGCUCUCCAGGUCGGUAUUCAACUCAAAGACGAGUUUGAGUCCCUUGGUGUCAAGGUCCUCGGUACGCCGAUUGACACCAUCAUCACGACUGAGGACCGUGAGCUGUUCGCUCGCAGCAUGGAUUCCAUCAAUGAAAAAUGUGCCAAGUCUGCAUCCGCCUCGACUCUGGAGGAGUCCCUCGAGGUCGUGGAGAACAUUGGUUUCCCCGUCAUCGUGCGUGCGGCCUACGCGCUGGGUGGCCUAGGUAGUGGUUUCGCUGAGGACAUGGACCAGCUGAAGGAACUUUGCACCAAGGCUUUGGCCGUCAGUCCGCAGGUGCUGAUUGAGCGGAGUAUGAAGGGCUGGAAGGAAAUCGAAUACGAGGUUGUGCGAGACGCCCAAGAUAACUGCAUCACGGUUUGCAACAUGGAAAACUUCGAUCCUCUCGGUAUCCACACCGGUGAUUCCAUCGUCGUUGCGCCUUCCCAAACCCUCUCAGACGAGGACUAUAACAUGUUGCGAACCACCGCUGUCAAUGUCAUUCGUCACCUCGGUGUUGUUGGUGAAUGUAACAUCCAAUAUGCUCUGAACCCAUUCUCGAAGGAGUACUGCAUUAUUGAGGUUAAUGCUCGUCUCUCCCGAUCCUCGGCCCUUGCCUCAAAGGCUACUGGGUACCCAUUGGCCUUCAUCGCCGCUAAGCUGGGUCUCAACAUUCCGCUAAACGAGAUCAAGAACUCAGUUACCAAGAGCACUUGCGCCUGCUUUGAGCCGUCGCUUGACUACUGUGUGGUCAAAAUCCCUCGCUGGGAUCUGAAGAAGUUCACUCGUGUGUCCACUCAGCUCGGCUCGUCCAUGAAGAGUGUGGGUGAAGUUAUGAGCAUUGGUCGAACUUUCGAGGAAGCCAUUCAAAAGGCCAUCCGAUCCGUUGAUUUCCAUAACUUCGGAUUCAACGAGACCAAUGCUCUCAUGUCUAUCAAGGGCGAACUCCAGACUCCUUCAGACCAGCGCUUGUUCGCCAUUGCCAACGCUAUGGCGGCCGGCUACAGCGUGGAUGACAUUUGGCAGUUGACCAACAUCGACAAGUGGUUCUUGACCCGACUUAAGGGACUGAGUGACUUCGGCAAAACCAUGACGACGUUCAACGCCACCUCUGUGCCUUUGCCGAUGAUCCGCCAGGCCAAGCAACUGGGUUUCUCGGAUCGUCAGCUCGCCAAGUUCUUGAGCUCCAACGAGCUUGCGGUGCGCCGCAUGCGUGUGGAGGCGGGCAUCUUCCCUAUUGUCAAGCAGAUAGAUACCGUUGCGGCCGAGUUCCCGGCAGUCACAAACUAUCUGUAUCUUACCUACAAUGCCUCUGAGCACGACCUGUCGUUUGAUGACCACGGUAUUAUGGUUCUCGGAUCUGGUGUCUACCGUAUCGGUUCGUCCGUCGAGUUCGAUUGGUGUUCAGUGCGCACUAUCCGUACACUCCGCGAGCAGGGACACAAAACUAUCAUGGUCAACUAUAACCCGGAGACUGUCAGUACCGACUACGAUGAGGCGGAUCGCCUUUACUUUGAGAACAUUAACCUGGAGACUGUUCUUGAUAUCUACCAGCUGGAGUCUUCUGCCGGUGUGAUUAUGUCUAUGGGUGGCCAAACCCCGAACAACAUCGCUUUGCCCCUUCACCGUCUUAAUGUUAACAUCCUGGGUACCUCGCCUGAGAUGAUUGACGGCGCUGAGAACCGUUAUAAGUUCUCUCGUAUGUUGGACCGCAUCGAGGUUGACCAGCCUGCUUGGAAGGAGUUGACCAGCAUUGACGAAGCGAGGGGAUUCUGCGACAAGGUCGGUUACCCUGUGUUGGUUCGACCUUCGUACGUGCUUUCUGGCGCUGCUAUGAACACUGUCUACUCGGAACACGACUUGGCCAGCUACCUUAACCAGGCUGCCGAUGUUUCGCGUGAGCACCCCGUCGUCAUCACCAAGUACAUCGAGAACGCCAAGGAAAUCGAGAUGGAUGCUGUCGCCCGCAACGGUGUUAUGGUUGGCCACUUCAUCUCCGAACACGUUGAGAACGCUGGUGUUCACUCGGGUGAUGCGACUCUCAUUCUGCCUCCGCAGGAUCUAAGCUCGGAGACCGUGCGCCGCAUCGAGGAGGCUACCCGGAAGAUCGGUAACGCCCUGAACGUCACUGGCCCUUACAACAUCCAGUUCAUCGCCAAGGACAACGACAUUAAGGUCAUCGAGUGCAAUGUCCGUGCCUCGCGGUCAUUUCCGUUCGUGUCCAAGGUCAUGGGUGUUGACCUGAUCGAGAUGGCCACCAAGGCCAUGAUCGGCAUUCCCUUCGCUGAAUACCCGCCCGUGAACGUGCCCAAGGACUAUGUUGGUGUCAAGGUUCCGCAGUUCUCGUUCUCGCGUCUUUCCGGUGCUGAUCCCGUUCUGGGUGUUGAGAUGGCUUCGACUGGUGAAGUCGCCUCGUUCGGUCGUGACAAGUACGAAGCUUACCUGAAAGCACUCCUGUCCACCGGCUUCCGCCUUCCCAAGCGCAACAUUCUGUUCUCCAUAGGUGCAUACAAGGACAAACUUGAGAUGUUGCCUACGAUCCAGAAACUUCACCAGAUCGGCUACAAUCUGUUUGCCACUGCUGGAACUGCGGAUUUCUUGAAGGAGAACGGUGUCCCUGUCAAGUACCUGGAAAUCCUUCCCGGUCAGGAGGAGGACAUCAAGUCAGAGUACUCUCUCACUCAGCACUUGGCCAACAACCUCAUCGAUCUUUACGUCAACUUGCCGUCCAACAACCGCUUCAGACGCCCCGCCAACUACAUGUCUAAGGGUUACCGCACUCGUCGUAUGGCCGUCGACUACCAGACUCCUCUGGUCACCAACGUCAAGAACGCCAAGAUCUUGAUUGAAGCCAUUGCCCGUCACUACCCUCUCAACAUCCAAACCACUGACUUCCAGACGAGUCACCGUACCGUGGUCCUCCCCGGCCUUAUCAACAUCGCUGCCUUCGUUCCGGGUCUUGUCACCCCCGGUUCCAAGGACUUCGAACUUGUGACCAAGGCCUCUAUCGCGGCUGGCUUCAGCAUGAUUCGUGUGAUGCCCGUGGGCGUUGAGAGCUCGGUUACCGAAUCCCGCGACCUUAAGGUCGUCCAGCAGAAUGCGCAGAACAACUCGUACUGCGAUUUCAACAUCUCGGUCUCAGCCACUGCCACCAAUUCAGACCAGAUCAUUCAGAUGGCUGGAGAGGUUGGCUCGCUUUUCAUUCCUUUCAACCACCUGUCGGGCAACAUCAACAAGGUGGCCACCGUUACCAACCACUUUGGUGCCUGGCCUUCGAGCAAGCCCCUGCUUACUGACGCCAAGGGUACUGACCUCGCCUCGAUCUUGUUGCUGGCCAGUCUCCACAGCCGCAACAUCCACGUCAUGAGCGUCACUUCCAAGGAGGACAUCAACCUCAUUGCUCUGAGCAAGGAGAAGGGUCUCAAGGUGACUUGUGAUGUUUCCAUCUUCUGCCUCUUCCUCUCCCGGGACGAAUUCCCGGCCUGCGGCUUCCUACCUUCGGCCGAGGACCAGAAGGCAUUGUGGGACCACCUGAGCACGAUCGAUGUCUUCUCGAUUGGCAGCAUUCCGUUCCAGCUUGCUGACAAGGAUGCAUCGGCUGUGUCUGGCAUUGCCGAGUCGCUUCCGCUGCUUUUCACUGCCGUCUCCGAAGGCCGCCUCACCGUGGAGGACAUUGUGGCUCGUCUGUAUGAGAAUCCCAAGAAGAUCUUUGAGCUGCAUGAUCAGGCCGAAACCUCGCUUGAGAUCGAAGUGGACCGCCCAUACCUGUUCCAGAGCGCCGAGGCUGGGUCCCCGUUCAACGGCAAGGUGAUGCGCGGCUCGGUGCAACGCGUCAUCUUCCAGGGCAAGACCUCUUGCCUCGAUGGCGAAAUUGCCCGGGAUGCCAAUAAGGGUGCAGACAUGUCCUCCCACCGGAUUAUCCCAUCUUCUCCUGUGCAGAAGCCCACGACCCCCAUGGUGCACCCCCGUCCCGAGAGUUCCCUUGACCGACAGUUGUCUGUCUCCGGCACCCCCAGCCGCCGUACCAAGACCUUGGAAACUACGGCCCCCUCGGUUGGUGAACUGGGACCUCCGCUGUACGGCCCGUCGUCGCAGGUUUCGUCGUCGUUGUACGAGAUGCUCUCGCGGUCUCCGUUCCGUCAAAAGCACGUCCUGUCCGUCAAUCAAUUCACUCGUGCGGACCUCCACUUGCUGUUCACUGUGGCCCAGGAGAUGCGCCUUGGCGUCCAGCGCCAGGGUGUUCUCGACAUCCUGAAGGGUCGGGUCUUGAGCACGCUCUUCUACGAGCCUUCGACCCGUACCUCGGCCUCGUUCGACGCUGCCAUGCAGCGCCUGGGCGGUCGAACUAUCCCUAUCUCGACGGAGCACUCCUCGACCCAGAAGGGCGAGACCCUUCAGGACACCAUUCGCACGCUCGGCUGCUACGGUGACGCCCUUGUGCUGCGCCACCCCGAUGCCAACAGCACCGAGAUCGCGGCCAAGUUCUCCCCCGUCCCGAUUAUCAACGGUGGUAACGGCUCCAUCGAACACCCCACCCAGGCGUUCUUGGACCUCUUCACCAUCCGAGAGGAGCUGGGCACGGUGACCGGUCUGACCAUCACUUUCACCGGUGAUCUGAAGCACGGCCGCCCCGUGCACUCCCUGAUCAAGCUGCUCCAGUUCUACGACGUGCGGGUUCAGCUGGUCGCCCCCAAGGCCCUGGCCCUGCCGGACGAGGUCCGCCAGCAGAUCGUUGCCUCGGGCCAGCUGGUGGUGGAGUCUGAGGAGUUGACCCCGGAGAUCGUCGCUUGCUCCGACGUUCUGUACUCGACUCGGGUGCAGAAGGAGCGGUUCGCGGACCUCGCCCAGUACGAGAGUCUCAAGAACAGCUUCGUCAUCGACAACGCGCUGCUGAAACACGCCAAGAGCCACAUGGUAGUCAUGCACCCACUGCCCCGGAACGCUGAGAUUGCCGAGGAGGUCGACUUCGAUCAGCGGGCAGCUUACUUCCGCCAGAUGCGCUAUGGCUUGUACUGCCGUAUGGCUCUGCUCGCCCUGGUCCUGGCGUAA